UUCUUGGUGAAAGGGAAAAAGAGCAAACUUCAGACUAUUAUUUCUUAUAGAGCAUCAGAUCCUCAAUUUCUUUCUACUGCUUCUGUUGAACCGAUCUAUACCCUCAAAUCAGAAUGAAUUUUAUGGAUUCAAAGCAACCUGAAAGCGGCUUACUUGGCCCUGAAUCUGACUCUCAAAGGACACUGUACCCAUAUGUGACUGGAACGUCAGUUGUGGCUUUAAAGUAUAAAGAUGGGAUUUUGAUGGCUGCUGAUAUGGGAGGUUCCUAUGGGUCCACCUUGCGGUACAAGAGUGUGGAGCGAAUGAAGCCUAUUGGCAAGCAUUCUCUUCUGGGUGCAAGCGGAGAAAUUAGUGAUUUCCAAGAGAUUUUGCGUUUUCUUGAUGAGCUUAUCUUGUAUGACAAUAUGUGGGAUGAUGGCAACUCUUUGGGGCCGAAAGAGGUGCACAAUUAUUUGACUCGAGUCAUGUAUAACAGGCGUAACAAGUUCAAUCCAUUGUGGAACUCCCUUGUACUUGGUGGAGUAAAAAAUGGACAGAAGUAUCUUGGAACGGUCAGUAUGAUCGGUGUAAACUUUGAGGACAAUCAUGUUGCAACUGGGUUUGGAAAUCACCUUGCACGGCCCAUUCUUCGUCAAGAGUGGCACGAGAACUUGAGCUUUGAAGAUGGUGUUAAAUUACUGGAGAAAUGCAUGCGUGUUCUCCUCUAUCGUGACAGAUCAGCUGUUAACAAGCUCCAGAUAGCUAAGAUCACUGAAGAAGGCAUGACGAUUUCCCAGCCAUACUCAUUGAAGACUCACUGGGAAUUGUCUGCUUUCCAGAAUCCCACUCAGGGUGCUGUAGGAUCAUGGUAGCCGUAUCAAAUCUUUCCAUCCAUUUUAUGGUCUUGAAAAAGAACAUCAAACAACCAAGUAGCAGUUAAAAUGGAAAUUUGAUUUACCACCUUUAUAUGUUAUGGUUGAAACUUUUGACUCUUUUGAGUUCUGAUUUAUCUUUAUGUUUAUGUAAAACAAUGAAGAUUGAGGUUGAUUAUCAUAAUUUAUCUCACAGCAGCUGCUGCUUUUUUCCA